AUGGAAACUGUAAAGGAAGAGCCUAUAGAAUCAAAGCCUAUAGAAUCAAAGCCUUUGAAAUCUGUGGGCAAAAAAUCAUCUGCCAUUACAGUAGAACAGAUUCAAGAGGAUCGAAUUACAGAGCUAGCCUUCAAGAACUGGAGCCCAGAGGCUAGAAAAAACAAUGUUCCAUUCAAGCCACAGAUUGUGGAAGAGAUCUAUCAGAAGGAGCUAGCUGGUUCCAACUUUUCUACAAAACGAAUCAUGAUGCUGGAGUUUAGCCGCUAUCUGGAAAACUACUUGUGGCCGAACUAUAAAAGAGGAAAGGCAACAACAGCCCAUGUCAUGUCCAUUGCUGCCCUGGUCAAUGAAAAGUUUCAAGAACGUGUCCCUGCCUGGGAGGGUUUCAAAUCUCUCCCAGAUGAAUUCCCUUAUCUUUUCAAACAAGUCCUUGACCUUUGCCUAAGUUCAUCGACUGUGACCUACAAAGAAACAACAGUUUUGCUGAUCUUUUUGAUACAUUGUUUCAACAGUUUGGAAGUAGAGCUAAUAAGAGAAAGAGUGCAAAGACUGGUCUCACUUCCUAUUUGGACAAACCUGCUACUUAGAGACUCCAAAUUGUCGCAAGAAGAGCUUGAGGUGGUUGAAUUUGAGAGACAGUUCCUGGCACGUCUCAUUGACAAGUUUUAUGAAAUUUUGGAUUCCAUUCCAUUCAAAAAAAAGAUUUUUACACACUGUAAUGGAGCUUUAAAAAAAUGUAUGCCUUUUAU